GCUCACUCGGCUAGUUUGGUCUAGUCAAAAUGGCGAACCUCAUGUAGGGGUCGAGUACGAUUACCUAUCACAUUUUAAUCACUUUUAGGGAGUUUAUUUUCCAGCUUGUUAGCUCUUCGGUGAGCCAUGUUCACCAGCAUAGCUCUGCGGACCGUCCUAAAAUCUUCAGUUGGUGUUUUGAGGGAGCUGUGCCCCGCUGCGCCAGUGAAACCGUGGACAUGCAGCUCGGCUAUGUUAUCAGGACCGAGAGUCAGCUGCGUUGCAGGAAGCUUUGCUGUUCCACCACCAGUGAGACAAUAUGCUCGGGGUGUAAAGAAAAAGAAGCCAAGCCCACAGAGCCAGCUGAGUGAUAUUCCUUCAACAACACUGAGGAUGGAUUAUUCAGCUGUACCCCUUGCUCAAACGACUGAUGAUGUUGUCAGAAGACUUCUUUCACUGGAGUUAGCACGUAAGAGUGACAAGCUACAGCUGAAGAAGGAACAGCUUGUUGCGAAAGUCCAGAGGGAUGAGAAUGACCGCAGCUCAGUGGAAGUCCGGGUGGCUAUUUUGACAGCAAAAAUCCGAAACUAUCAGGAGCACUUGCAGCAACAUCACAAGGACAAAGCUAACAAGAGGCGGAUGCUCAUGGACAUUGACCGAAGGAAAAAGCUUUUGAAACGCCUCAGGCUGGUUCGCUAUGAUGCCUUUGAGAAAGUGUGUGAGCAGCUGGGCAUCACUUACACCUUCCCCCCAGAGUACUACAGACGAGCUACCCGUCGCUGGCUGGCCAAGAAGGCUCUCUGCAUUAAGGUCUUCAAAGAAGUGCAGAAGCAGAAAGCAGAGCAGAGACUGAAGCUGAAGGAAAGUUUAGCCUCCAAAGAGACAGAGGCACCCAAGACAAAAACUGAGGCCCAAUAAAAGACAACAUACUGUAUAUUACAAUGUUCAAUUCUAAAUUCUCAUGUUGACCAACAUCUUUACUUUUACAUCUUUAGAUAUGGUAAUGUGGCAUGUGGAUAAUCUACUUCCUUCAUGUUUUACCAUCAUGAAAUAUUAUUUGUUUUUGCUGUCAGGUUGAUGUCAGAAUUGUCUGAAAAUGUCAGAAUUAAAUGGAAUAAAGUGACUUAGAAAGUGA